AUGGGUAUCGAUCUUGACCACCACCACGUCCGUUCGGGCCACCGCAAGGCUCCCAAGUCGGACAACCCCUACACCGCUCUGCUGGUCAAGCUCUACAGAUUCUUGAGCCGCCGUACCGACAGCAAGUUCAACGCCACUGUCCUCCGUCGCUUGAUGAUGAGCAAGAUCAACCGCCCUCCUAUGUCGCUCUCCAAGAUCGUUGCCACUGCUGCCAACAAGCACUCCAGCAAGGCUCACGAGGGCAAGACCAUCGUCUUGGUCGGCACCGUCACUGACGACAACCGUCUCCUUGAGCUCCCCAAGCUCUCGAUUGCCGCCCUCCGCUACACCAACACUGCCCGCGCCCGCAUUGUCGCCGCUGGUGGUGAGGCCUUGACCAUCGAUCAGUUGGCCAUGCGCGCCCCUACCGGUGCCAACACCCUCCUCCUCCGUGGCCCCAAGAACGCCCGUGAGGCCGUCAAGCACUUCGGCUUCGGUCCCCACUCUCACAAGGCACGUCAAAUCAUCUUCCUCAAGGGUCGCAAGUUCGAGCGUGCCCGUGGUCGCAGACGCUCGAAGGGUUUCAAGGUGUAA